GAGACUUAUCAUUCCUGAUAUAAAAGGAACGUUCGCUGUGGUUUCAAUUCAGUUCAGUAUUGGACGUUGGGUGUUUUCAGAGGCAGAACGUGAGACUUCUUAAAUUUUAUUGAAAUUUUUGCUGCAACGAGCUAUUACGAAGAAGAUAAUCAUGCAGAUCUUCGUCAAGACACUGACAGGAAAAACUAUCACACUUGAAGUUGAAGCUUCCGAUACUAUUGAGAACGUGAAAGCAAAAAUUCAAGACAAGGAAGGAAUUCCGCCGGAUCAACAAAGGUUGAUCUUUGCUGGAAAGCAACUUGAAGACGGACGCACGCUCUCCGAUUAUAAUAUUCAAAAGGAAUCGACUCUUCAUCUUGUCCUUCGCCUUCGUGGUGGUAUGCAAAUUUUCGUCAAGACCCUUACAGGGAAAACUAUAACUCUUGAAGUUGAAGCUUCCGAUACUAUUGAGAACGUGAAAGCAAAAAUUCAAGACAAGGAAGGAAUCCCUCCAGACCAACAAAGGUUGAUCUUUGCUGGUAAACAACUGGAAGAUGGACGUACACUCUCUGAUUAUAAUAUUCAAAAGGAAUCGACUCUUCAUCUUGUUCUUCGUCUGAGAGGAGGAAUGCAAAUUUUCGUCAAGACCCUUACAGGAAAAACUAUAACUCUUGAAGUUGAAGCUUCCGAUACUAUUGAGAACGUGAAGGCAAAAAUUCAAGACAAGGAAGGAAUCCCUCCAGACCAACAAAGGUUGAUCUUUGCUGGUAAGCAACUUGAAGACGGACGCACGCUGUCCGAUUAUAAUAUUCAAAAAGAAUCGACUCUUCAUCUUGUACUUCGUCUGAGAGGAGGAAUGCAAAUAUUUGUAAAAACCCUUACUGGAAAAACGAUAACUCUUGAAGUUGAAGCUUCUGAUACUAUUGAGAAUGUCAAGGCCAAGAUUCAGGAUAAAGAAGGUAUUCCACCCGAUCAACAGAGAUUGAUCUUUGCUGGUAAGCAACUUGAAGACGGACGCACGCUGUCCGAUUAUAAUAUUCAAAAAGAAUCGACUCUUCAUCUUGUACUUCGUCUGAGAGGAGGAAUGCAAAUAUUUGUAAAAACCCUUACUGGAAAAACGAUAACUCUUGAAGUUGAAGCUUCUGAUACUAUUGAGAAUGUCAAGGCCAAGAUUCAGGAUAAAGAAGGUAUUCCACCCGAUCAACAGAGAUUGAUCUUUGCUGGUAAGCAACUUGAAGACGGACGCACGCUGUCCGAUUAUAAUAUUCAAAAAGAAUCGACUCUUCAUCUUGUACUUCGUCUGAGAGGAGGAAUGCAAAUAUUUGUAAAAACCCUUACUGGAAAAACGAUAACUCUUGAAGUUGAAGCUUCUGAUACUAUUGAAAAUGUCAAGGCCAAGAUUCAGGAUAAAGAAGGUAUUCCACCCGAUCAACAGAGAUUGAUCUUUGCUGGUAAGCAACUUGAAGACGGACGCACGCUGUCCGAUUAUAAUAUUCAAAAAGAAUCGACUCUUCAUCUUGUACUUCGUCUGAGAGGAGGAAUGCAAAUAUUUGUAAAAACCCUUACUGGAAAAACGAUAACUCUUGAAGUUGAAGCUUCUGAUACUAUUGAGAAUGUCAAGGCCAAGAUUCAGGAUAAAGAAGGUAUUCCACCCGAUCAACAGAGAUUGAUCUUUGCUGGUAAGCAACUUGAAGACGGACGCACGCUGUCCGAUUAUAAUAUUCAAAAAGAAUCGACUCUUCAUCUUGUACUUCGUCUGAGAGGAGGAAUGCAAAUAUUUGUAAAAACCCUUACUGGAAAAACGAUAACUCUUGAAGUUGAAGCUUCUGAUACUAUUGAAAAUGUCAAGGCCAAGAUUCAGGAUAAAGAAGGUAUUCCACCCGAUCAACAGAGAUUGAUCUUUGCUGGUAAGCAACUUGAAGACGGACGCACGCUGUCCGAUUAUAAUAUUCAAAAAGAAUCGACUCUUCAUCUUGUACUUCGUCUGAGAGGAGGAAUGCAAAUAUUUGUAAAAACCCUUACUGGAAAAACGAUAACUCUUGAAGUUGAAGCUUCUGAUACUAUUGAGAAUGUCAAGGCCAAGAUUCAGGAUAAAGAAGGUAUUCCACCCGAUCAACAGAGAUUGAUCUUUGCUGGUAAGCAACUUGAAGACGGACGCACGCUGUCCGAUUAUAAUAUUCAAAAAGAAUCGACUCUUCAUCUUGUACUUCGUCUGAGAGGAGGAAUGCAAAUAUUUGUAAAAACCCUUACUGGAAAAACAAUAACUCUUGAAGUUGAAGCUUCUGAUACUAUUGAGAAUGUCAAGGCCAAGAUUCAGGAUAAAGAAGGUAUUCCACCCGAUCAACAGAGAUUGAUCUUUGCUGGUAAGCAACUUGAAGAUGGACGCACGCUGUCCGAUUAUAAUAUUCAAAAAGAAUCGACUCUUCAUCUUGUACUUCGUCUGAGAGGAGGAAUGCAAAUAUUUGUAAAAACCCUUACUGGAAAAACGAUAACUCUUGAAGUUGAAGCUUCUGAUACUAUUGAGAAUGUCAAGGCCAAGAUUCAGGAUAAAGAAGGUAUUCCACCCGAUCAACAGAGAUUGAUCUUUGCUGGUAAACAACUGGAAGAUGGACGUACACUCUCUGAUUAUAAUAUUCAAAAGGAAUCGACUCUUCAUCUUGUUCUUCGUCUGAGAGGAGGAAUGCAAAUUUUUGUAAAAACCCUUACAGGAAAAACAAUAACUCUUGAAGUUGAAGCUUCUGAUACUAUUGAGAAUGUGAAAGCAAAAAUUCAAGACAAGGAAGGAAUUCCUCCAGACCAACAGAGGUUGAUCUUCGCUGGUAAACAAUUGGAAGAUGGGCGCACACUUUCUGAUUACAAUAUACAAAAGGAAUCAACCUUGCAUCUUGUGCUUCGUCUUCGAGGUGGCCGAUGAUUUAAUAUAUUGUUCGCACCUUAAUUUAAAAAAUUAUAUCAAGUAAAUAAAAACAAAUUUUUUUACUUUUAUCCACCAUAGCUAUUGAUCGCGUGAUAUUAUCCUAUUAAGUAUUUACCUGAAAUAAAUGGCAUUAUAAAUA